AUGUUCACCGGCAUCGUCGAGGAAAUCGGAGUCGUCUCCGACCUCAACCCCAACGAUGAGACGGGAGGAACCUCCCUCACAAUCACACUGCCUGAGUCCUCGACCCUCCUCUCAGACUGCCACCUCGGCGACUCAAUCGCCAUCAACGGUGUCUGCCUCACCGUCACCUCCUUCGAGACCGCCGGCCCGCCCUCCUUCAAGGUCGGCGUCGCCCCCGAGACCCUGCGCAUCACCAACCUCGGCUCCCUGGCCAAGGACUCGCGCGCCAACCUCGAGCGCGCCGUCCGCGCCGACACCCGCAUGGGCGGCCACUUCGUCCAGGGCCACGUCGACACCACGGCCACUAUCCUGGCCGUCACCCCCGAUGGCAACGCCCUGACGUUCCGCUUCGCGCCGCGGGACCCGGCCGUCUUGCGCUACAUCAUAUACAAGGGCUACGUCGCGCUGGACGGCACGAGCUUGACCGUGACGCAGGUCAACGAUGAGGAGGGAUGGUGGGAGGUCAUGCUGAUUAGCUACACACAGGAGAAGGUCGUCGUCGCGAGCAAGAAGCCCGGCGAGACUGUCAACAUCGAGGUCGACAUGAUGGCAAAAUACGCUGAGAAGAGCCUCGCGGGUUAUCUCGGCGGCGCCGGCGGCGCUCCGUUGGAGAGAAUGGUCGAGCGUAUCGUAGCUCAGGGCCUUGGUGGCAGGUCUUGA